CAGAAUGUUUACUUCUGUUGGUUCAUGUUAUCACACAGCAGGCUAGGCACACACACUCGUUGCUACAGUACUAUAGGCUAUGUUGUUGCUCUCCAUCUUCUAGACUUCAGCUCCUUCUUGUGUAAGGGAACCUUUUCAGUUGACAGAAGGAAGGAUGAAGGCGGACCAGGAAGCUCCUCCCUCCUCCCCCAGAUUGGAGGAUUUGGCGAUCCGGUGUCGGGAAGUGUGUCGGUCGUACGGGAAACUCAAAGUCCUGAGUAACCUCAACUUGACCGUACCACAGGGACACAUCUACGGCCUGCUGGGUCCGAGUGGGUGUGGGAAGACCACGCUGUUGAAAUGCAUUCUGGGAACCCUGAAGAUCUCCCGAGGGCACAUCAGCGUGUUGGGGAAGCCGCCCGCAUUUCCUGGACACCAGGUCCCUGGGAGGAUGGUGGGGUACAUGCCACAGGACCUGGCGUUGUACAAUGAGUUUUCUAUCAGUGACACUCUGACGUUCUUCGGAAGGAUCCACGGCCUGUCAUCUACGGACACCCAGGCACGCAUGGACUUCCUGGUGGACUUCCUGGACCUACCUCACAACAGCAGCCUGGUUGGAAAACUCAGCGGAGGGCAGAAACGGAGGGUGUCUCUAGGAGCAGCCUUACUUCAAAACCAGUUAUUGAUUCUGGAUGAACCCACAGUCGGGGUGGACCCUGUGCUGAGAGCCAAACCAUACAAACGCUCCACACCGCAUGGCCGCGCCACCCUAAUCUGGUGGUCCCAGCGCACGAAUUCCACGUGA